UAGAACAAGCUGCUAACGGGACUCUGAGACCAGAGAGAGGACGGUCAGUUAUAUUCUCUCUGCCUGCUUCGUCAUUUAUCUACUUUCUCCUUGCGUCUGCCCACAAAAGACCACGCAUUCUUCACGGCUUCUGGGAACGUAACGGCAUGCGGAGACCUCCAAUAACGUCUCGCUAUGGACUCCUUUCGUCUCGGCGACAGAAAAGAGCACUAAAGCCGUUUCAGUAAAUCGGGAACCAUCCAGUGGAAAUACUAUCUGAUAACUCCAUUUGCUCGACAGUCCGCUUGUCUCCUCGCUGUGGGUUUGCUGUCGCGCGGAACUGGGAGGCCGACCGCGCGCGGUAGAGCGUCCGCUUUCUACCUACCUGUACUUUUUUGUUUGUUUUUUGUGGGGGGACUGUUGUAGUCGACCUGUUCACCUUCCUACACGUCAAAUCCGUCAACUUUACCGCCAUUACGCUGAAAAGAGACAAACGAGAGACGAUGGUGAAUCCCGGAGGCAGCAGUCAGCCACCGGCGGUCGGCACAGGUUCCCUGUCCUGGAAGCGGUGCGCGGGCUGCGGGGGCAAAAUCGCAGACCGUUUCCUCCUUUACACCAUGGACAGCUACUGGCACAGCCGAUGCCUCAAGUGCUCCUGCUGCCAGGCCCAGCUGGGCGAAAUAGGCACGUCGUGCUACACAAAAAGCGGCAUGAUCCUCUGCAGAAAUGAUUACAUCAGAUUAUUUGGAAACAGUGGCGCUUGCAGCGCUUGUGGUCAGUCUAUUCCAGCCAGUGAACUGGUGAUGAGGGCGCAGGGCAACGUGUACCAUCUCAAGUGUUUCACAUGUUCCACCUGCCGGAACCGGCUCGUUCCCGGGGACCGGUUCCACUACAUCAACGGCAGCCUCUUCUGCGAACACGACAGACCCACAGCCCUCAUCAACGGCCAUUUGAGUUCUCUCCAGACGAACCCGCUACUGCCAGACCAGAAGGUGUGUUAGACGGGAGCCGAGCAGGAAGCAGGAUGUGUGCCUUCAUUUAAGCCCUUACUCAUUGUCACCUGAGACAGCGUGGAUCAGCAGCACCCCAGCCUUUUCAGCUGUGCUCCCAGGCCCUUUUCACCUGAAAGAAAUCCUCCACCCAUCUGACCAAGUAACCCGACUUUUUAUUUCUACAACCCAUACCCGACCCUCAACCUUCAAACCUUGGCUUUUCCCCGAACGUGGGUGGAUAUUUGCACUUAAUCACACCUGAGACUGGAUGCUUGGGACUCUGUUUUGGAUUUAAGAAAAUUAAAAAGAA